GAAAACCAAUCCACAGCUUGAUCAGCAUGUUUAUGCAGUGUUGGAGACGAAAUGUCGGUGACGCUUCACACAAAUUUUGGGGAUCUUAAGAUCGAGAUCUUUUGCGAAAGUGUACCCAAGACCGCAGAGAACUUUCUCGCUCUCUGCGCGUCAAAUUACUACGACAAUACGACCUUCCAUCGCAACAUCGCAAAUUUCAUUUUGCAAGGCGGCGACCCGUCAGGCAAGGGCAAAGGCGGUGAAUCCGUAUGGGGUGGCACAUUUGAGGAUGAAUUCCGCCCGGCGCUGCGACACAAUGCUCGCGGCAUGGUGAGCAUGGCCAACAAAGGACCAGACAGCAACGGCAGUCAAUUCUUCAUUACAUAUGGCCCACAGCCGCAGCUGGACGGAAAGAAUACGGUUUUUGGAAAAGUGAUCGAAGGAUCCCAUAGCACCAUGGAUAAAAUCGAAGCGUUGGAGGUUGAUAAAAAGUUUCGACCCAAGGAAAAGGUGACGAUUGAGCGAGUCUCUAUCCACGCAAACCCUCUCGCUGGUUGAUGGUGUCAUGAUUUCCAUCGUCGAAGACAUUUCCUGUACGAUUGUCACGAAUAGACCACCAUAAUUCAAUGUACGAAUUUAAAUAAAUUUUUAUAUGCUUCAUGCUCGAGGCAAGUUGUCUCGAUUUCCGAAUCUCGCAACUACCGCCAAUUUCGUCUCCACCACCCCAGAGAUCAUCAAAUAAAACAUCUAACACCAUUACGCACGUGAAAAUACAAUAGGCGUAAAUUUGCAUCCCAAUUUGGAGCACACAUGCUGAGCCUUGUAUAUCUAUACAUAAAUCAUGAGAUCAUCGCAAUUCAUAUCAUGCCCGCCGGAGGACUGUCGUCCUCUUCUAAUGAUUCGCUGUAUCAAAAAGAAAUCCUACUCGUCGCUUUUAAUGUCCUCUAUCUG